UUUUACAUCAUGGUUACAGAUUGUUUGAUUACAAAAGGGAAGUGAAACAUCACUUAGAAUAAAAUACAGAGAAAAAAAGAAUAGAUUUGCAGAACCAAACUCCUCAUAGAGCCCUCCCCGCCAACUCAUGUCCCACCGGAAGGAUUUUUUAAAACACAUUCGGUGAAGCGUCAAUUCAGUUGUCUGUAAAACUCGCUGGGGUUACUGCGGUAAAAUGCCUGAAGUUGAUGUGUUGUACUCGGAUGUGAAGUUCACAAAAUCCAGGGAAAAAGCCAAUGGGACAGUUCCCCCUUCUGAGGACACCACAUACUCUGAAGUCAAGAUUGCGAAGGCUCCACCGCUUUCCACAGAGCUCAUUGAUCCCCAACAACAAGCUGGAUCCACUGGUCCAUCAGGUGCUACAUUAGAGAGAGUGGCCGUGGUGGUCCUUCUUGCUCUGCUGGUGGCUGCUGUCACUGGUCUUGGAUAUACCACCUAUAAAAACAUGCAAACCACGGAGCAGCUUCAAAAACUGAAAGAUGACAAUGAUGCAUUGAAAAAAAAUCUUACAGACAGAACAUGUUCAAAAAUACCAUGCAUCAUACUGAAGCCAACGUGCCCGAUAGACAAAACAUGUCUCAAAUGUGAAGCAGGCUGGGAGCCAUUUGGAGAAAAGUGUUAUUAUUUCUCCACACAAAAAUCAACCUGGAAUCAGAGCAGAGAUGAGUGCAAAAAUCAAGGAGCAGACCUGGUGAAGAUAGACAGCAAAAAAGAGCAGAUAUUCCUGGAUGUGAAACUAAGAGACAAAAUGGAGGUAGCUGAGGACAAGUUCUGGAUUGGACUUACCGACUCAGAGAAAGAGGACGAGUGGAAGUGGGUAGACGGAUCUCCACUGAACAAAAGUUUGACAUUUUGGAACGGAAAUGAGCCAGACAACUGGAGAGGUAAUGAUGAGAUAGAGGAGGACUGUGCAAGGAUGGGGGAGAAAGGAGGAGCUGUAGGACACAAGAUCUGGUUUGAUCGACGCUGUGAGGAUCCUAACAAACACAUUUGUGAGAAAUCAGCAGUAGAAGGAGAACCUAAGUGUGAAUGAACUUCAGCUUCAGAGCCGCUCAGCUCUUUAAACCAGCUCAGUAAAACAUUCAGAGUAUGGAGCAAUGUUCAUCUUUUAUACAGCUUUAUGUAUCAGGUAACCAGCGCUUUAUUUACAAUAUUACAAUUUAAAACUGAUACGUGUAUAAUUCAUAAUAUGAUGACUUUUAUUAAAAUAAGUAAAACAUUUAAUUUACCUUGGAGUUUGUUGAGUUGGAACUCAUUUGGAGCUUUUGUGUUUUGCAGCUCUUCAACAUAUUUUGGAUUAAUGAUUAUUAUUUUUUUUAACAUUAAUUUGAUCUGCUUUAAAAUGUUAAAUAUAUUUUUUUAUCCACAUUAGUCU